GCGUCUGUGCGUAUUCUCGCUCGUCUUUCGCUAACAGUCGGAGCAAUGAACGAGGCACGUGUUCCGGCGGAAACCACCACCUUCAUGACUGAUUUUCUGAGACAGUGCGGCGGCUACGGCGUUAUAGACGGCGGCUUGGCCACUGAACUGGAACGGCAUGGCGCCGAUCUUAACGAUCCUCUCUGGAGCGCUAAAUGCCUCGUCAGUUCCCCUCACAUCGUCCGACGGGUGCAUUUAGACUACCUUGAUGCUGGUGCCAAUAUCAUUACCACAGCAUCUUAUCAGGCAACAAUCCAGGGUUUUGAAGCUAAAGGAUUUUCUAGAGAUGAAAGUGAAGAAUUGCUAAGAAAAAGUGUUGAAAUUGCACUUGAAGCUCGUGAGAUCUAUCUCGAACGAUGUACAAAGGAUUCUUGGGAUUGGACUGCAACUGAAAGGGGCUCGACGAGGCCGAUUCUUGUAGCUGCCUCGGUCGGCAGCUACGGAGCUUAUUUGGCUGAUGGGUCUGAAUACAGUGGGAAGUAUGGUGAUUCAGUUAGUUUAGAAACACUGAAAGAUUUUCAUAGGAGAAGGGUGCAGAUUUUGGCCAAUGCUGGUGCUGAUUUAAUCGCGUUCGAGACGAUUCCGAACAAGUUGGAAGCUCAAGCAUAUGCUGAGCUUCUUGAUGAAGAGGGCAUUGAAAUUCCUGCUUGGUUUUCUUUCAACUCCAAGGAUGGUAUCAAUGUGGUGAGUGGGGAUUCUAUUACUGAUUGUGCCUCCAUUGCAGAUGCUUCGAAGCGAGUUGUUGCUGUGGGAAUCAACUGUACUCCUCCCAGAUAUAUUCAUGGACUAAUCUCGUCGAUUCGAGAGGUCACUAACAAACCCAUUGUGAUUUAUCCAAACAGCGGGGAGACAUAUGAUGGUGAAACCAAACAGUGGUUGAAAUCGGAUGGAAUGACAGGGGAAGACUUCGUAUCAUAUGUAAGUAAGUGGAAGGAAGCAGGAGCCUCUCUGUUUGGCGGAUGCUGCCGCACCACUCCAAACACAAUCCAAGGCAUAGCAAAAGCGCUUUCUUCUAAAGCCUUUUGAGCUGUUUCCCCUUAUUAACAAGCUUGGUAUGAACUAUAUCCAAUAUAUCAGCUCUGUUUUAGAUUAUGGGAUGAACAUAAAUUUUUGUAAAUAUUAAGGAAAAGAGAGCUGUUCAAGGAAUAAGUUGUUCAUGUUCAAAGAAUACUUGAUUUGACUUUGGAUGAUAAAUGAUGAAGUUCCCACAAGCGUUUUCAUGAUGCAA